UUGCGUCUCCUGUUCCGUGCUUUGCACAGAAAAACGCUAGCAGCAGCAGCAGCCAGCAAGUUACAGUGGAAGUUUUCCCGUUUUCCACCGUCGUUCCCGUGGUCGCCGCCGUCGUCGUGGGUUGAAGAUGUCUUCUUAGAAUUCUUUCGGACGAUAACAGUAAAAUAACAUGCAACCUUCCGUCAUAGUGUAAAAAAACAAUCCUUUUAAUCUACCAGUUAUCGAGUACCGUACAAUCAACUAUUACGUGUGCGUCGGUCGGGUCGGGUAGAGAGGUGACAUCGUCGCUGGUCAGCUGGAAGGAUUUCUACGUAAAAAAGGAUUGGAAUAACGCAAUGAUUUUCGGUGUCAGUCUGUGUAGUAAUAAAGGACACUUGAUAAACUAAUUCACAGGCUGCGAACAAGUCGAGCACAAGAAGAGUGGGCAGAAGAACGUAAAAGAAAAGGAGGAACCAUUCGGAAACGAUAAGACUGAUUCGUGAACCGAGCAGCUAUUGUUUGUCUUUUGCUUGGAACCACAGUCAGUACAAGGGAAAAGAUUGGAAUUAUAAUAAUCAAAUAUACUGACACCCGCGGGAGAAGCGACAGCAACAAAAGCCUUCAAAAUUGACAGAUCACAAAUGCCCAGAGGCAAACGUCGGUCCGCAGCGGAUAUGGGACCCAGCGAAGACGACCGGCAAUCGUCCAAGAGACUUCGGAAUGCUUUCUUGAGCAGUUUAAGCUCACGGCGGUACAGCAAAGUGGACGACGCUUUCAGUCAGAAAAGAUGCCUGAAUUGGUUCCGCGAGUACACAACAGCAGACGAUCCGGAUACUUUGGGUCCCGAAGGAAUGGAGAAGUUUUGCGAAGAUAUCGGUGUUGAACCGGAGAAUGUCGCUAUGCUCGUACUGGCGUACAAAAUGGGUGCCCGCCAGAUGGGUUUCUUCACACAGAGCGAAUGGCUCAAAGGGCUGACAGAUCUGCAGUGUGACACCCCCGGCAAGGUGCAAUGCAAGCUUGAUCACCUGCGUAAUCUGCUAAACGAUCACAACACUUUUAAAGUAAUCUACAGAUACGCGUAUGACUUUGCUCGGGACAAAGACCAGCGCAGUAUGGACAUUGAGACAGCGAAAGCGAUGCUACAGCUGCUACUCGGCAAGCACUGGACCCUUUAUGCACAAUUCGCCCAAUUUCUGGAGCAGUCCAAGUACAAAGUGAUCAACAAAGAUCAGUGGUGUAAUAUUCUCGAGUUUUCCCGUACUAUCUCCAAUGAUCUAAACAACUACGAUGUCGACGGUGCCUGGCCCGUCAUGCUGGACGAAUUUGUCGAAUGGUUAAGACUUUUGCGAUCACAAUCGACGAUUAGCUGAGGAUUGUAUUAUUAAAGCCUGAUCGGUACACAAAUCAACACACAGCAAAAGACUCUCACAAACACACUGCAGCACACAAUCACACACUCAAAAAAUACACACACACGUAUAUGCAUGCAAAAGCAGCUUCUUUUCAGUCUGCAUCAAGUCGGACCUCAACUCACAAACAAACAAACAAACCAAUAACCGAUAGAGAUCGAAUGAAUUUCUCAGUCCUUUGAUGAUAUUUUGAAACAGAAGCUCCAUAAGCCAAGUCUUUUAGUUUAAUUUUGUUUCUGACUUCAUUUGUCUCCGCUGUAAUUAAUAAAUGAAAUGAAUACACACACAAAAAAUGUGUCGGGAGUUCGGCUGAAUUCGCCAUGUUUAGUUUAUUCUUAAUUAUUUGUUCUUUACAAUCCAUGCAGGACUUUCAGUUCCGCUGGGUUUCGAUCGUGAGACAUUGUAGCCUCAUUGGUUCAUGCUUUAAUAAUUUGUCUCUAUGUAGACGACAUUCGUUCUUUUUUAUACCUUAAGAUACUGCAGUUUAUAAUAAGCGAACCAAAUAAGGAACAGUAAAUAGAAACAAAUUAUGCGAAAAAUGAGGGAUCGUCAGGCAAAAGCUUCCGUAAACAAGGGAUGUUGAUUAAGGCAGCAAACAGGUCUAACCAGUGAGUCAAUAGCGAACAUUUUCGGCAAACAGUAAAUAUAUCUAUCACAAAAUUAAUACAACAAAAAAAAAACACUAAUAAUCAUUUAGGACCCCUAUUAUGGCUAACACACAAACACACUCAAAGAAAAAUGUAUGUUAUACUCAACCGAAAACGUAUAAUUCAUUACAUCAAAAUACACGGAAAUACCAGCAGGAACAGCAGGUGGACCGAAAGCGAUAUACGAUAUUUAAAUAGUAUCAAACAUCAUACCGAGCAUUGAAUGAGGAAGCGGUUUUAAAGCAACUUUGGAUGGAAUCCCCAUUGUAUUUUAGAAAAUAGGCAUCACGUUGGAUGAUAAAAUGCAGUGUGAUCGGGAAACUGCCCACAGUCAGCUGGAAUGAAUGAUCCAUAAUAAAACAAAACAACAAAUGUCGAUCCAAUUUUCUAGUGUGAUA